AUGCGGAUCGCCAGCGGGCGUAGGCGCAGCUCCGCGGAACGCACCGCUGGCGGCGGCGGUUCGCGCGCGAGGACAUGUGCGUCGGGUGGUGGCAGGUUUCAAGCGCGAAAUAACAACAACAACAACAACAACAAUGUUCUCGUGCUGCAGCAGGUCGACAACAGCAGCGAGCGCAGACGUCAACAACGACAGCAACGACAGCAACGAAAGCUCGAGCGAAUUCCGUCCCCGUCGAGCAUGACGACGAACUGCGGCGAGGAAGAGCUACAGCAGCAACAGCAGCAGCUCCUUCAAAAUGCCACGAGCAACAACGAGGAGCAGGACUCCUCGGAGCAGGCCAAGGAGCUGUUGUCGUCGGGUGCCGAGAUGGCUCCUAUCCUCGGUGGAAUGCAGCAGCAGCAACAGGGCGACAAUGUCAACAAACAGCUGCAGCAGUCGGCCAACAACAAUAAUAGCAAUAACGGCGGCGAGGUGCCACGGCCGCUGGGCCUCCAUCAGAUGGAGCACCUGCAGCGCAUACGCGACCUAGUGAAAGCCGCCAUAGCCUCGAGGCACACCUUCAUGAUACACGGCCGGGCGCGCAUUAUACGCGAGUCGCUCCUCGGCAGGAACUGGUGCGAGAAGUUUCAACGCAAGCCCGGCCAGGCGAACGGAGCCGAGCAGCAGUACAGUCCCGACUCGUCGCCCUCCGCUUUGCUCUCGGGCCUCGGCAACCUGGCCGAUCGCCAGAACGAGCGUCUGCUGAUCUCUCGGAUGCUCGGCAGCCACACGCCCGAUCUGCUCUGGAACUCGGGCAGCGAGUGGACCGGCUGGCCGUCCCAGGACAACAAGGCCACCAUCUUCAAUCGCUUCACCCGGGCCAGUUUCACCUCCAAGGUGGGCCUGUGCGCCAACAUACGCCAGAUGCAGUGGAUCUUCGAGGCCGGGGUGGCCGACUGUCUGUUUCCGCGCUGCUACAAUCUCGGCCAGCCGGAUCAGUUGCAGGCGUUCGUCGACGACUUUCGCCUCACCGCCUGUCUGUCGUUGCUCAAGUGGCUGGUGGAGAGGGUCAGGAUAGGUGGCGAGGAUUCGUUGAGGCUGGUGCCGAGCAGCAGUAGCGCCACGACGGACAACAACGCCGCGGCGGUGCCGCUUCGCGCCUUGGAUUUCGCCGUGGGCAGGUGCAGCGACUUCGUCGGGAGUCAGACGCACGAGGACAUCGACAGGGAGCUGGAGAGCGUCUGGUCGCACCAGUGGGACCAGUUCAUGGGCUGGUACUACAAGCUCGUGCACGGCGACGGUCUGCUGGCUGCGGGAAACGUGCCUAUACGCAAAUACGUGCUGGCGGCGCGACACCUGCUGAAGAAAGCGGCCAAGUAUUGGCCGCAGCUGCAGAUGGACGGCUGGCGCAACGUCUGGAUUCUGAAGCCGGGCAACAAGAGCCGCGGCCGGGGUAUCGUGCUGCUGCAGCGACUCGACGACAUCCUCUCGAGGAUCGGGCCCAGCGGCAAGGCCGGCGACACGCGCUACGUCAUACAGAAGUACAUCGAACGUCCGCUGCUCAUCUACGAGACCAAGUUCGACAUACGCCAGUGGUUCAUCGUCACCAGUGCCCAGCCGCUCACCCUCUGGAUGUAUCGCUCCAGCUAUCUGCGCUUCUGCUCGCAAAAGUUCUCCCUCACGGAUCUGCACGAGUCCGUGCACCUGUCCAACAACGCCGUGCAGUGCAAGUACAAAGUGAGCCCGGAGCGCGACCCCCUCCUCCCGGCCGACAACAUGUGGGACUCGGACACGUUCAAGGAGUGGCUGAGGGCGCGCGGACAGCCGCACGCCUGGGACGAGCUCAUCUAUCCGGGCAUGAGGCGGGGGCUGGUGGGCUCUCUGCUGGCCAGCCAGGAGGCCAUGGACCGCCGCAGGAACAGCUUCGAGCUGUACGGCGCCGACUUCAUGCUCAUGGAGGAUUUUAGCGUGUGGCUGAUCGAGAUCAACAGCCAUCCGGACAUGAGCAACUCGACGAGCGUGACGAGUCGACUGUGCCGCCGAGUGCUCGAGGACACGGUGCGACUGGUGGUGGAUCACCGCGAGGAUCCCCAGGCGGACACGGGCGACUUCGAGCUGGCCUACAGGCAGCGACCGUCGCCCUGCCAGUCCUAUCUCGCAGCGGGCCUGAGACUGCACGGCCAGGCGGUCGGACCCAGGAACGCCUACGGCAGUCACACGGGUGCCGGUUUCGGACCGGUCGCCGGUCGAUCGCGUCGACAGAGCCACGCUACCGCUGCUGCUGCCGCGGCGGCGGCGGCCGCCGGUGUGUCCGUUAACGAUCAAAGCGGCGGCUUCAAGGGCGCCAAUCACUGCCGACUCGGGCCGGUGCUGGUCGACCUCAUCGAGGACCUGGAGAUGCAGCUGGAUCGCGAGUUCGGCGAGUACCUGCGACUGAGGCCCGCGAGCGGACUGCAGCGCGUCGAGCUGCCACCCGGCUGUCCGGCCCUGGAUCCGGCGGUGGCGCCCGAGACCGACGCCUACGUAUUCAACGUCGAGACCAGUACGGCUGGUGCGGCCGGUGCCGCUAGCAGUGGUGGUGGUGGUGGUUUGGUGCUGGCUGCCUCGAGCACGCCCUACGAGGAUAACGACAACGACAACGACAACAACGAGGAGAGCUAUAACGUCGACAGAGAAAAACAAUCGGAGCCACAGCAGCAGCAGACUAAACCGGUAGAUGUCGGCGCGCCCAAGACUGCCCCCGAGGUGAUAAUCAAGCCCACGACGCGGCCAUCUCGAGCUUCGAGGCACGCUCAACAACAGCAACAACAGCAACAACCACCGGUGUCGAUACAAUCGCCGCAUCAGACCGCCAUCAAGUCGGUGCCGAAGAAGCCACCGCCGCCGCCCAAGGUGCAUCACCUGGUGCCGAGAACCGCGGGUCUGCUGCUGCUGCCCGAGAGGCGGCCCCAGACCCGAUCCAACAGUAGCAGCAAACCCUCGACCACGACUCUGCGCCAGUCGCAUCAUCAUCUGAGGCAGGCCAAGCGCUACAGUCGCGGCGUCCAUCCGAGCCAGGUCUACGUCGACCUCAGCGACAUGUACGCCCUCGGACUAGGCGUCAACAAGACGUCGUCCUGA